AUGUCCGCCAAUAAUGUGACGAUCAUUCCCGCGCCGUACAAGAUCACUCCGGAUGACAAGCGCGGCCUUGUCGUGGUUGUGACGACAACCACGCUGGCCUUCAUCGGUGUCUGUCUACUCAUCCGACUCUACACACGGCUGCGGGUUCAGGAGUGGAAGCGCGAUGAUUGGCUGCUUGCGUUAGCCACGCUCUUCUGCGGCUUCCAAGCUGCUGCCGUGUACGUCCAGGUACACAAUGGUCUGGGUGCGAGAGACACUAAACGUGCAAACUUUAGGAAGAUUGGAACGGCCAACUUCGUCCAGCUCACACUUUACAUAUUUACGCUCUUCCUAUCCAAAGCCGUGGUCGUACUCCUCUACCUUCGCCUCUCGCCCUCCCGCAUUCACGCCCUCGCCUCCAAGAUCACUCUUGGCGCCAGUGCCAUCUGGAUGGUCUUCUCUGAGACCCUGAUCUCCAUCCGCUGCAACCCGCUAGACUCCUGGACGCAGAGCCCGGAAGCAUGCGCCCUUAGCAUCGCGACAAGAUGGAACGUAGUUGGUGCCCUUGAUAUCGCCACCGAAGUCUCGCUCUUCGGCAUCGCCAUCCUUAUCGUGUCACGCCUACACAUGGCGUUGAGACUGAAAGCCCUUGUCAUCCUUGCGUUUGGUCUGCGACUACCUGUCAUCAUAGCCGCCGCAGCACGCCUGCACUACAUCGAUGUCCUCGGCACCGCGCGCACAGUCGGCGACGCCUCCAUCAAUGCCGCCUAUGUCACCGUCUGCAGCCAGUUCCAGCUCGACUUUGCGAUCAUGGCCAGCACAAUCGCAUGCUUGGGGCCCUUCCUACGGCCAUUCGACAACGAGCCCAACACGAGCUACCACCAUGCCUCCGCGCACCAGCAUCCACACCCCCGCUACUCCCACCGCGACGAUGGUGGCAUCGAAGAUGGCGAUGCUAUCUGCCUCCAGCGCCUGCAGAAGGGCCUGGCGGAGGGGUACCAUGAUCAUGGCUUGCGGCCGGAUUUUUACGAGCGCAGCGCAGGGGUCGUGCGGGCGGCAGAUGGAGACGCGGUGAGCGUGGAGAGCUGCGGGAGUACGAAGAUGAUUAUCAAAAAGAAAAUGGUUGUGCGGAUUGAGCAUGAUACAAUAUCGAGUAGUUCGUGA